UUCCAUUUCUAAGUAUUCUGCGAUUGCGUUUCAGUUCACACCGUUCUGUUGUAACUUCCAAUAUUUUUUCACAAACGAACAAACAAGCGCGUUCUUUAAGGUUAGGUAUUAGAUUGACGGAAAAGGUUGUUUGCUAAACAUUCUGAAAGAUGUUCAGAAAAGUAGCUGUUGGUAUAUCGGGGGGCGUAGAUAGUGCCGUGGCGGCGCUUCUCUUGAAACAAAAAUGUUUUGAGGUGCAAGGGGUGUUUAUGCAAAACUGGGAUAUAAGGGAUGAAAGAGGAGUAUGUUCAAGUGAAGAAGAUUAUAAAGAUGCCAAAUUUGUUUGUGAAAAAUUAAACAUAAAAUUACAUCAUGUAAAUUUCACAAAAGAAUACUGGAAUGAUGUAUUUUGCCCAUUAAUUAAAGACUACCAAUCAGGUUUAACCCCCAACCCAGAUGUUUUAUGUAAUAGAAAGAUUAAAUUCAAUUAUUUCUAUAAAUUCGCCAGAGAAGUAUUGAAGGUUGAUGCCAUAGCUACAGGCCAUUAUGCAAAAACUAAUUUCGAUCCGUUUAUGGAAAAUUUCGACCCGGAUGAAAGUGCCCGACUAUUAUUAGCUAAAGAUACAAAAAAGGAUCAAACUUUCUUCUUGUGCCAGAUACAACAAGAGGCGUUGAAAAGAACUAUUUUUCCUCUAGGAGAUAUCAUGAAAUCAGAAGUGAAAAAUAUAGCUAGAAAUAAUGGCUUGGAAAAGAUAUCUCUUAAACCAGAAAGCAUGGGAAUUUGUUUUAUAGGAUCGAGAAAGUUUCAGGAUUUCAUUCAAGAAUAUAUUCCAGACAGGCCUGGUGUUUUUGUGGAUAUUGACACUGGUAGAGUUGUUGGAGAACAUAAUGGUAUUCAUCAGUGGACUCUAGGACAAAGGGCGAGACUCCCAGGUCUCGCUAUGGCAUAUUUUAUAGCACAAAAAGAUGCUGAGAAAAACAUAAUUUAUGUUGCUCAAGGCACAGACCAUCCGAUACUCUACACAGAUCUAUUUUUCACAGGACAGCCUCAUUGGAUACAUUCUAGGCCACCAGAGUUGGUUCAAGGCAAUAUCUUAGAAUGCCUGUUCAAAUUUCAACACACUCAGGAAUGGAUACCUUGUGAAAUUUGUGAAACGCCACUAGGAAUUACCAUAAGACUUUCGAGAGAGAAACGAGCAAUUACGGGUGGACAGUAUGCAGUUUUUGCAAAAAACGGUGAAUGUCUUGGCAGCGCUAAAAUUAGAAAUUCUGGGGUUUCGAAGUUUUCCUGUAAUUAUUCAACAAAUUUGAAAAACAUUGUCACUAUUUAGUAAUGAAUAAAUCAGUUGAAAAUU